AUGCUCAGACCAUCUUUUUUGUCUUUAGAUGACCGGGUAGUCCGGGACAGUGAGCGGAAAGCUGCCAAGCUUCAUUUUAGUCAGCUGGGCAGCAAUGAAAAUUUCUUCUUUGACAUGGAAAAUAAGAGGGAGAAGACCUUAAAAAACUGUGGGAUGGAUGAAAGGUCACCAUCAAAACUUGAAGCAGAUGUUGAUAACAGGAUUGAAACAGAAUUAAGCAAAGGACUUUUCCUUCCUCUCCCCAACCGGGAAAUAAAGGAUUCACUGACAAGUGCUUCUGCAAGCCCAGCCAGCAAUCCAGCUGAUCAGAAGCUAGACACUUUCCCCAUGGGGACCCAGGAAGUGGCAAGAAGAGAGCUGCCAGGUGAUGGUCACCAAGAAGAUGAAUUCAGAUGCUACCCAUCUCUUCAAUCUUCAGUCCGGUCUCCAGACAGGAUAGCUAAAGAAGGAUACCGACUGACCUUUUCAGAUGAUAAACCUUUAGGAUCUUCUCCAGAGAAAGAGUCGAUACAAAAGUCUGAUGUUUAUCAGCUCAGCCAUGAAGCCUUAGCAAGUAAACGCUUGGAUGUGGGUGAUUCAAGUCAGAUCCAUCCCUACCAGAUACCUAAAGAUAUUCGUCUAGAUAAUUAUAACAGUCACUAUCCUCACGCCAUAACCUUACAUGGAAGUUUGAGCAAGAAGUCCCAUACUCAUCACAGAAGCAAGAAUUACCAAGACUAUAGUACAAAAUCUCUGAAUGACACAAAGUCCACUUCAUCUCACUCCUGUGGAGACGUAAUGACUUCCUUUACCAACUCAGACUCCACCACUGGAAGACUGACGAAGCUCGGCUCAGAUCUAUACACCACAAGCCAUUUUAGCAGUGAGUCAACUCUGUUGGCCAACAUUGAACAGCAGUUAUCUGUGGGCCUUACUGAUUUAACCCAAGCACAUGGUUCUUUCACAAGUAAUGCUGCUCUGGGAAACUCUCUACGGACAUUACUGUUACCUUCUGGGACUCAAGAAGACAAGAGACUUUUGUCAAAGAGGUCCAUAAGCCCAACUAGAAGGGGAUUUAAAAGAAAAGACAAUCUUCUUUCAAGUAUGGUCUCAAAUCAUGGGCUCAAAGACGUUACUAACAAUGAGCCUCUCUCUAGUGACCUGGGCAGUUUGCAUGGUUUACAAGGAAACCAUAGUCCCCCACCCGUUGCCAGAACUUCCCAUGUGGCCAGGGUGCUCCGACAGCUCUUGGAACUAGUAGACAAGCACUGGAAUGGCUCAGGGUCUCUGCUUCUCAACAAGAAGUUCCUGGGUUCUGCCCGAGAUAUGCUUCUGAGCUUGGUGGUUCCCAACCCAGCUCCACAAUGGACCCGAUUACUGCCUGAAGAAAGUCUGAAAGCCUCACGAAGAAGAGACCUUGAACUAAAGGAUGCAGGGCAGUUCCCUGGUAUCCCAAAUGAUCUGGAAACAUUGAAGCAAAAGAUGGUCAGGGUACUGGAGGAAAAUCUCUUUUUGUCUGAAAAGGUACAGCUGUUGGAGCAAAGUGCUUCCAACUCUGGUGUGGGUGGGCACCAGUCUCACAGUUAUGAUGAAUUACUCCGUAAAAACCAGCAACUGACUUUACAGGUGGCUUGUCUGAAUCAGGAGCUUAAUCAGCUGAAGAAACUAGAGGAGACAGUGUCCCUUCUCCAGGAAAGUCAGAGGUCCCUGGUUACAACCAAUGAGUAUCUGCUACAGCAGUUGAAUAAAGAACAAAAGAAUUACCCAGGAAAAGCAAUACUGCCUCCUGAGAAGAGUCACCGCAUAGGGAGAACAUCACCCUUUGGGAAAACUCUACAACCUUCCUUAUCACAGUCAGCUCACGAUGGCAGUCAGUACGAAUCAAGUCAAAGAGAGAGGCUCAUGGAAGGAUUAGAAACGUACAUGCUUCACUGACUCUGAGGAAGCCCAUGGAAGAGAAGGGAAAGCGACGGCAGUAAGGAAGAUGACAGUACCCCCAGAUACUAUGCAUUUGAGUUAUAAAUAAAUCCAUGGACUGCUUUGGCCUUUAUGCUGAAUGAGAAUGUCACUUGGGCUCCCAGAGCGAUUAAAGGCAAAAGCCAAAGGUUAUCUGGCAGCUGCAGCAACAGACUUCAGUAGG